AUGGAGCGGCUCAGUUCGACUUCCAUGGGAGAUUGCUCUGAGAAGCUUGAAAUUGACCAUGCCACCUUCUGCUUUCAUCACGAAGGACCGACGGGUCUGACGUUUCACGAGUGCUAUACCCUCGACUCCAAGUUGGAUUCGUUUCGCAGCACGUACCAGUGUACGCAUAAGGAUACCGAUGAAGUGCGAUCGGUCAAGGUCAUUAGUCGCAGCAGUAUUGAUAAGGCUGCGUUCCUGAAGAAGGUCAAGAGUUUGAAGGAGGUUAUCAACCAUCCAAACUUGGUACAUAUAUUCGAAUCAUUCCAAUGCGAAAGAUACUUUUACCUCGUUACAGAGAGCAUGGCACACGACAACCUCUACGAAGCUGUGUCAAGGCGUCACAAGGCCGGAGAACCAUUUGGAAAACCGCAAGUUGCGCAAAUUCUCCUGACACUAGUGGAAUGCCUCAAUGUUUGCCAUGCCAAGGGUAUCAUUCACGGCGCCGUGCAUCCAUCCAAUAUUCUGCUGCCCCACGGGCAAAGUUAUGACAACCUACUUCUCGUGAAUUUCUUUGACCAUGCCAUCAAGGUGCCUCGAACUGCAAGUGAUGGCACUGAGAUUGUUACUCAGCAGAAACGAGCCAAGUCAAAUUUUGCUGCUCCAGAGGCUGGAAUUCCUAGCCAAGCCAGCGAUAAAUUGGAUGUGUAUCCUUGUGGUGUCAUUGCGUAUAUCCUCUUGACAGGGCGAACGAUUUGUCGCAGUCGACAAGAACCCAUUAGUUGGGAUGGAUUGGACGAUGACGACAAAAAUGUUCGAAAGGGCAUUGAGGAACUUUUGGCCUACGAUCCAGCAGAUCGUCCAACAGCCUACGACGCGUUCAAUGCAGACUGGUUGCGAGAGGCCCGUUCGUUCGAGGCGGAUCUUCAUCCGGUAGUCUUGGGGGCCGUCCAUAGCUUGCGCCAGUUCAACAAACAGCAUAAGUUUCAGCAAGCCAUUCGUGCUUACAUCUCCUCGCAUCUCCUUCGGGAAAAGUUUGACAGAGAGAUGCUGGAUACGAUGUUUCGAGCGUGGGAUCAAAACAUUGAUGGCAAGCUAUCCAGAGACGAGUUUCCGGGUUCAGAUCAACUCUUUGACAGUCUUGAUAUUGAUGGCAAUGGUUUUCUGGACUAUUCCGAGUUCUUGACUCUGCAAACCCACAUUGAAAUGUGCGAUGACGACGAGUACAAGUUAAGGGCUGCAUUCAACGCUUGGGACACAGAUGGCAGUGGCUACAUUAGCUACAGAAACAUUCAAGAUGUUUUCAGCAUCAACGGAGAGUUUGCGGUCAAUGCUUCGACAGCGAGGGCAAUGAUCAAGAAUGCAGAUUUGGAUGGAGAUGGCAGAAUCAGCUAUUCAGAAUUCAAAGACAUGAUUAUGGGCUGA